CCACACACGCUUGACAAAAUCUGAACCAAAUAAGUUUAUCUUGGUGUCAUCAAACCACAGGACAUGGUUCCAGUAAUCCAUGUCCUUUGUCUGUCUUCAACAAACUGUUUGUGGGCUUUCUUGUGCAUCAUCUAUAGAAGAGGCUUUCUUCUGGGACCACAGCCAUGCAGACCAAUUUGAUGCAGCGUGUGGCGUAUGUUCUGAGCACGGACAGGCUGACCCACCACCCCUUCAACCUCUGCAGCAAUGCUGGCAACACCCAUACAUCUAUUUCCCAAAGACCUCUGGAUAUGACGCUGAGCAUGUGCACUCAACUUCUUUGGUCAACCAUGGCGAGGCCUGUUCUGAGUGGAACCUGUCCUGAUAAACCGAUGUAUGGUCUUGGCAAUCUUCUU